AUGUCUUCAGACGAGCAACUUAACCUACUCGCCGAAUCCGGGAUAACGAUUUCCUCCGACUCAGAGCAAUAUUCUCGCAAUGAAGAUGAGACUUCCCCUUCUCCGCCCUCAUCGAAUUCUCCGCAGAUGAUUCUUUACUCUCCUCCUACAUUUUGGGGGUUACUCCGGGGUGCUGCAAUCAAUCUUGUAUUGCCAUUCGUCAAUGGACUUAUGUUGGGAUUCGGAGAGCUAUUUGCUCAUGAGGCAGCGUUUAGGUUGGGGUGGAGUAAUACAAAGAUUUUCCCACCCACGCGAAGAUCUGUAGGACCAGGAAUUGAAUUCUCUUCAAAUGUACAGCGAUCCAUUAGAGAUAAUACGCUUCUUUCAAAUAAAGGCAAUAGCACAUUAUUUUCACAGUCAAUUGCCCGAUCUUCCCUUUCAAAAGCCAAUACAUUCACACGAAAUGCCACCUCCAUACGUUUUGCAUCAACUGCACCCUCCGCCAUACCUCCCGUAAAUUCCUCAAUCUCCUCAAUCGAAGCCUCUUCAUUCGAAUACAAACCUGCCCCACUCGAGAUCGACGUUGCUGAUAUCACUCCUGAUAUUCUCACCGCGCCCGAACACAUUGGUUACCUACACUCUCUUGGCCUCGACUAUGGAUGGGGUCCUACCUCUGUCAUAGAAUGGACGCUGGAGCAUGUACAUGUCUUUGCCGGAACUCCUUGGUGGGUAUCCAUCGGACUAACAGCUGUCUUAUGGAGAGUCAUUCUAUUCAAGCCUUUCCUCGAUGCCGCGGAAAAUGCAUCUCGAAUGGCUGCCAUUAAGGAAUUCACUGCUCCAAUUCAAGCGCUGAUGAUGGAAGCGAAAACUAAAGGCGAUACAGCCGAGAUGAUGUUGCAAAGAACAGAAAUGCAGCGAAUGUACAAUCGGGCGGGGAUCAAAAUGUGGAAAAGUUUUGUGCCGAUGGUGCAAGUAUUCAUUGGAUACGGAACGUGGAAAUUAUUGAGACAGAUGUCAGAUGUACCUGUUCCGGGUUUGCUGGAUGGGGGAGUCUUGUGGUUCUACAAUUUGACUGUCCCGGAUCCUUAUUUCAUAUUACCUCUUGCCACAAGUGCAAUGUUGCAUAUUCUUUUGAGAAAAGGCGGAGAAACAGGUAUCAAUACUCUUACACCCGGCAUGAUGAAUGCGAUGAUGUGGGGUAUGCCUGCACUAUCCCUGCUCUUUACAUCAUUUAUGCCCGCCGCUGUUCAACUCUCAUUCCUCGCUUCAUCCGCGAUGUCCUUCGGCCAAGGCACACUUUUCCGCGAUCCUAGAUUCCGAUCAUGGGCAAACAUGACGCCUCUCCCAGACGUUGAACCGCCAGCACCUGAGCGCACCCUGAGAAUGAGAGAAGUUCCAAGUAGUGGGGGAGAGACUCAGACUUCGAAGAGAUAUUCAUUAGAUGGGACUUUAGGAAAAGUGAUGGACGGAUUCCAAAGUGCCAAGAAGAGCGUGACGGAUUAUACGACAGAAAAAGGGUCAAAGAACGAUGAUGCGUCAGCGAAGCGAAGAGCUGACUCUUACGAGGAGCGAAGGCAAAGAGAAGUGAAGGAGGAAAUACGGCGUCAAAAUGAGAGGAGGAACAUGGAGAGGGAGAGGAAAAAGAUGGACAGGGCAGGAGCGGGGAAAAAGGGUAGAAAAUAG